AUGGUCAGUUACGCUGGAAAAUUGGUACUGGCGCCCAUGGUGCGUUCCGGCGAGUUCCCCACGCGGCUGCUCUCCAUCAAGUACGGGGCUGAUCUGGUGUGGAGUCCCGAGAUUGUGGACAAGAAGAUGUUGGAGUGCACCCGAGAGUGGAACGAGAAGACCAAGACGGUCGACUUUACUGUCAGUCAGCAGGGCAAGGGAAACACUGAGAAAAAGGCCAUUAUUUUCCGAACCUCUGAGGCUGAGAGAGACAAGAUCAUCUUCCAGGUGGGUUCGGCUAACCCCGAGAUCGCCGUGGCCGCUUGCAAAAUGGUUGCCAAGGACGUCGCUGGUAUUGAUCUCAACUGUGGCUGUCCCAAGCACUUUUCCAUGCAUGCAGGUAUGGGAGCCGCUCUGCUCAAGACCCCCGAUAAGCUGGUUGCUAUCCUGGAGGCCUUGGUGAAGGAGGUGGGAGAGCCUUUCAAUGUUAGCAUUUCAGUCAAGAUCCGACUGCUGGAGACGGAAGAGAAGACUCUGGAGCUUGUGGACAGGCUGGCUCAGACCGGAGUCAAAAACCUGACGAUCCACUGUCGAACUACACCCAUGCGACCUCGAGAACCUGUGAUUCGAGAUACUUUGGCCAAGGUAGCUGAGGUGUGUCACAAGCACGGAAUCACCUGCCUUGUUAACGGAGAUGUUGAAGGUCGACAUGAGCUUGCUGAUCUUCAGGAAAAGUACGGCAUCGAUGGAGCUAUGAUUGCCCGAGCAGCCGAGGCUAACGCUUCUUGUUUCAGAGCUGAAGGUAUGCUCCCUUGGCAGCAGGUGACCAAGGAGUACCUUGAUAUCUGUCGAGAGUAUGACAACUUUUACCAGAACACAAAAUACUGUCUGACUCGCAUGAUCCCCGGAAAGAGUCCCAGUUAUAAGAAAGUGGCUGCUUUGAAGGACUGCGAGAGUCUGGAGAAGUACAUUAACGAGCAGUACGAGGAAAUGCUCAAGGAGAGGGCCGAGGAGGAAGCCAAAAAGCCUGAAGAGCAGGUUAUCAAAGAGGUGGGGGAGAAGGCCACAAGGGAGGUGGAGGAAUCUAUGGUUUCGAACGUUGAGGAGGCCGUUCAAGAGGCACCGGUUGAAGAGACACCUCUGGCUGCUGGCAAGCAUGCUCUGGAGGCUGAGGAGCAGACAUCUGCGAAGCGGGUGGCUGUUUAG